GCGGAAUAUCCGUGUUAGUGGGCGGGUUAAUCUGGCUGGGUGUCGAUUUUGUUGGGAAUAAAGCCACCGAGCGGAUUUUUCCCGAACUGUAUCCCUUCUAUCAGCUCCUAAUUCCCGCCCUGAGGCUGAAAUAAAGCGCACAGCCAUGCCUGGGAUCGAUAAACUGCCGAUAGAGGAGACGCUGGAGGACAGUCCUCAGACUCGCUCUUUGCUUAGUGUGUUUGAGGAGGACACAGCUACAAUAUCCAGCUACUAUAACCAGCUCUUCCAGGCCAUGCACAGAAUAUAUGAUGCACAGAAUGAACUGAGCGCGGCCACCCAUCUAACCUCCAAGCUACUGAAGGAAUAUGAGAAACAGCGCUUUCCUCUGGGUGGCGACGAUGAAGUCAUGAGCUCGACUUUGCAGCAGUUUGCCAAAGUCAUCGAUGAGCUCAGCUCCUGUCAUGCAGUCCUGUCCACUCAGCUUGCAGAUGCCAUGAUGUUCCCCAUCACUCAAUUCAAAGAGAGAGACUUGAAAGAAAUUCUUACCCUAAAGGAGGUGUUCCAGAUAUCCAGUGAUGAUCACGACGUGGCCGUCAACAGAUACAGCCGCCUCUCUAAAAAGAAAGAAAAUGAGAAGGUGAAGAGUGAGGUGAUGGAGGACGUCUACACUUCCAGGAAAAAGCAGCACCAGACCAUGAUGCACUACUUCUCUGCACUUAAUACACUUCAGUACAAGAAGAAGAUCGCCCUGUUGGAGCCACUGCUGGGGUAUAUGCAGGCACAGAUCAGUUUCUUUAAACUGGGAUCGGAGAACCUUACACAGCAAUGGGAGGACUUUCUUACAAACAUUGGGACCAGUGUACAGAAUGUCCGAAGGGAGAUGGACAGCGAGGUAGACUCAAUGCAGCAGACCAUCCAGGAUCUGGAGCAGGCCAGUGACCUGCUGUACAUGCCAGACCCCGACCCCAGCAAGAUCCCCAUCAACCGCAACCUGACCCGCAAGGCCGGCUACCUCAACACUCGCAAUAAAACAGGGCUGGUGUCUUCUACCUGGGACCGGCAGUACUUCUUCACCCAGGGAGGAAACCUCAUGAGCCAGUCUCGAGGAGACGUCGCAGGCGGGCUGGUCAUGGACAUAGAUAACUGUUCUGUCAUGGCGGUAGACUGUGAGGACCGGCGCUUCUGCUUCCAGAUCUCUGCCUUUGAUGGCAAAAAGGUUUCUAUUUUGCAAGCAGAUAGCCGGAAGGAUUGUGAAGAGUGGAUUGCAACAAUAAACAACAUCUCAAAGAGGAUAUACCUUAGUGAGAACCCUGAGGAAACUGCCGCCAGAGUUAACCAGUCCGCUCUGGAGGCCGUGACUCCUUCCCCUUCAUUCCAGCAGAGACACGAGAGUUUUAGACCCAGCACGCAGGGGCGACCCCGAGCUGGCCGGACCAGCAGCCAGAGCUCAGCAGGCUCCGAGUCUCCGGCCCUCUCCUCGCUCUCGCUGGACUCUCUAGUGGCUCCAGACACCCCCAUCCAGUUUGAUAUAAUCUCUCCAGUGAGUGAGGAUUACUCAACCCAGGCCAAGAGUGCCAGCCAGGGCAGAAGGACGAACCCGUUUGGAGAGUCUGGGCAGUCACAGUCUGGGGAAAGUGAAGACUCCAUCCUGCACCAGCUCUUUAUUGUGCGUUUCCUGGGCUCCAUGGAAGUGAAGGCCACCGAGAACACAGACGUGAUCUAUGAGACCAUGAGGCAGAUCCUAGCGGCUCGAGCCAUCCACAACAUCUUCAGGAUGACCGAGUCCCACCUGCUCGUCACCUGCGAAUGUCUGAAACUUAUUGACCCUCAAACGCAGGUCACAAGAUUAAGGUUCCCUCUGUCCAGUGUGGUGCUGUGUGCAUCUCAUCAGGAGAACAAGCGCCUGUUUGGCUUCGUGCUGCAGACAGCCGGAGGGAGAGUAGACGGGCGGCCGGUCACCGUCUGCUAUAUCUUUGAAUCCAAUAAUGAUGGCGAGAAGAUCUGUGAUAGUGUCGGCCUGGCCAAACAGAUAGCCCUUCACUCAGAGAUGGAUCGCAAAGCCUCACAGAAGCAGAGGGACAUGGACAAGGCUAAAGUGAAGCAGCAGGAGGAGCUGAGUAAGCAAAAACAGAUUGAGAAGGAUCUUGAAGAGCAAAGCCGCCUGAUAGCUGCGUCCAGUCGGCCAAACCCUCCAGCUGCUGACGGACAGUUUCUGGUCCUUAGCAACAGCCAAUCGGAGGACAGUGAUGCUGGGGAGGAGGGGCGGAAGAGGGGCGAAUCAGAGGCUUGACAGAAAAGAACAGGAAAAUUAUGAUCUGUUCUCCUCAAAACACAUCAGGUGUUUGCGCCAUUUCCUUCAGAGCUUUCCUGAUUGGCUAAUGGAAACGACAUGGGAUUCGCUAGAUGACUGCAGAGAUAUUAACGAAGACAUGAGUGUGUGUGCGCGUGUGUGUGUAUGUGUGCGUACAGGAGAGAGAGAGAGAGAGAGAGAGAAACGUCGGAAACGGUUUAAAUACGGUUAAAUUGGGAAAGUCUCCCGGGAGCUGGUGUUUUAUUUGUAAGAAUCAUGUAUUUUGUACUGUUUACGUUACUGAAAUAUAUCUAAAACACGCUUUUAGAGCUGUUUUUGUUUGUUUGUUAAUAUGUUUAUUUGUUUGUUUGUGUGUAAAUCGGUGCACUACAUUGUAAUACUAAAACCUUAAGAGACGAAUGGACGAAUAUAUGGAUGGAUGGAUGGGUGUGUGGUAUUAUUAUUUUUUUCUUCCUGAAGAAAUUACACGUGUGAAUAACAAACACAAACGUUUAUAAAGGACUUGUAUUAAUACUGUAUAUUUUACGAUUGAUGUCCGUUGCUCUAACAGGCUUGCAUGUGCUUCGGCUCAUAUCAUGUAGAUCCGUAACUGAACUGUAUCGACAGAUUAAUCGGGAGUUAACUGAACAGCUAGAUUUUUUUAUAUUUGUUCAUCUGUGUGGGAGGAGUCCGGAUUUAUGGGCGUGGUCAUUCUUCUGUUGCAGUAGUUUCUGUCUUUUUCUUCCUUUUUCUUUAGUUUGUUUGUAUUUUUCUUUUCUUUUUCUUUUGGUUCUAUGAAUGAAAACAGUAAAACACUGAAAUGUAGGUCCCACUUCAAAAUAAGAGUGUCUAAUAACUGUGUAAUUACACAUUAACAAUGCAAUAAUAUGCAGUAAUAAAUUAUGAAACUACUGGGGAAGUGCAAAUUGUUACAGAUUAAUUACACUUGUACAGGUUAUGUAAUUACUGUAAUUACUGUAUUUACUGUAAUUACACUGGUGUAGCAGACAUAGUACAGUGAUUUUUCCAUCUUCCUGUAAUGAAAUUACAUUUAAAUACAAUCACAGCCCUAAUUACACACCAGUCAUGAUUGUUUUAUAUAUAUAUAUAUAUAUGUAUAACUACAGUUAUACAUAUAGUUGAAAUGUAUAAUACAAUUUAGUAAACAAUGAGUGAGUUGGAGAUAUAUAUUAUAUUGUGACCUCAAUAUAUUUUGUUGGGGCCACUACAAAUAUAAUUUGUGGUCUUGUUAUAUUUGUAUAUCAAUAUUUCAUCUUGUGACCUCUAAAUAUUAUUUUUAAAAUGUACGUUUAUAGCCUUCAAUAUAUUAUUUCAUGGCCACUAUAUUUUUCAGUUUUUAUAUUUUUGUCCACAAUUUUUUUUUGUGGUUUGAAUCGAUUUGAAUAUUAUCUAUAGGCCUUCAUAUUAAGUGUAGCUAAGAAAAUAUAAAUAAAAAUAAUAAUAUUUAAACAAUCUGAAAAAUAAAUUAAUACAAUAAGCAAGUUAAAAACACUAAAAGGAAAAUAAAAUUGAAUGUUGAUUUAAAAAGGAUCAAAUUAAGAUUUAAUUCAUUCAAGAGAUAAUAAGGUAAACUAAGAAGGUAAAAUCCAAAUUAAAUUCAGCCACUCUAAGAUUUUUGUUUUUGCUUGCAAAGUGUUAAAUUAAGCAAAAAAACAUUAAUUAUCUUAAGUUUGAUUUACAUACACAUUUUCUAAAUGGUAACAUUACAGUAGAAAAAAUUAUAAUUUAUGUAUAUGUAGAACUACACAGUUAUUAGAGACACUUGUUAUAAAGUGGGACCUUCAACCCUUUAAAGCUUAAAUAAAUGAUUUAUUUGUUAAUACUGCAGGGAAACAGUUGGUAAACAGCAGUUUAGCUCAUCGCAGUUUGUCGAGUCCCACAAGGUUCUGUUUUAGGGCCUUUAAAAUUGAUGUAAAUGCUGGUGGUAAAAGAAGAGUGGGUUUGUAAAUGAUAUAGAGUUUAAGGGUUUUAUAGGUUAGGUAAGAGCGCCAAAAAAAACCUUUAAUUUACCAAGUGUGUUAGACUGAUUGUGAUUUUUAUGUGUAAUUAACAAACAUUUAUAACAUUUUUAAUGAUUGUGUUAAAUCUUUUCCUGCCACAAGUGAUUUGCCAGCCAGUGCAGUUUGCACAGAAUUAUGGAAUUGUGAUUAUUUACACUUAUGCUGUGUUUUUGAACGUGUAGGGUUUAGGCUACAAACAAUUACUGUACAAUUACUCAAUAAAAUCACCUUUAAUUUGGCCUGUUUGACCACUUGCCUUAACCAGUUAACACUAUCCUUUAUAAAGGCCAUACUGUUUCGAUGCCAACGUCAUAAACACACUUCUUACAUUCAGUUUAGAUCCGUCUGUACUGAGUCUGUUAUUUUUUUUGUUUUAUUUGUGUUUUUUUUUUUUUAUUAAUGAUGAACGAUGCCGAUCUUCAGUGGAACGGUUUGUCCUGUGUAAAUGUUUUUUUUGUUUUUUUUUGAGAGAGAGAGAGAAAUGUCACUAAAUGCAUCUCUGGAAAAAAAUUAAGAGAGCACUUCAGUUUCUGAAUCAGUUUCUCUGAUUUUGCUAUUUAUAGGUUUAUGUUUGAGUAAAAUUAACGUUUUGUUUUAUUCUAUAAACUACAGACAACAUUUCUCCCAAAUUCCAAGUAAUAAUAUUGUCAUUUAGAACUUUUAUUUGCAGAAAAUGAGAAAUGGAUAAAAUAACAAAAAGACGCAGAGCUUUCAGACCUCAAAUAAUGCAAAGAAAACAAGUUCAUAUUCAUAAAGUUUUAACAGUUCAGAAAUCAAUAUUUGGUGGAAUAACCCUGUUUUUAAUCACAGGUUUUCAUGAAUCUUGGCAUCAUGUUCUCCUCCACGAGUCUUACACACUGCUUUUGGAUAACUUUAUGUUUGGUGCAAACAUUCAAGCAGUUCAGUUUGGUGGUUUGAUGGCUUGUGAUCAUCCAUCUUCCUCUUGAUUAUAUUCCAGAGGUUUUCAAUUUGGUAAAAUCAAAGAAACUCAUGGUCUCUUAUUUUUUUCCAGAGCUGUAAAUUAUAUAUAUUAGCAAGCGCACUUCUGAUGUGAUGAAAGGGAAAUUUUCCCAUUUUGCCCAAACGACUGUUAAUAUUCUCUUUGGCUUCUAAACGACAAUGAGCCGGUGAAAUCUGGUCUAUAAUAAUGAUUUAUAUCUUUAAUUAUAUGAUGUGUCACUGUUUUUUAAUGGUGUAGUGUUGAAGAGGGUUUAAUUCCGUUAAAUUGUGAUUAGCAGCACACAAAUAACAUGUCAAAUAUAUUUCAUAUGAAUGCCAA